AUGGCGCAGCAGCACGGUAUAAUUGCGUUCGAGAUGGAAGGCGCCGGCGUAUGGGACGAGAUCCCCUGCAUAAUUGUGAAGUCAGUCUGCGACUAUGCCGACAGUCACAAGAACAAAAACUGGCAGGGCUUUGCAGCUGUGGCGGCUGCUUCCGCAACCAAGGCCGUUCUCAACAUGUACUUCGCUACAGCACCAACAGCAUCAACAGCAACGACAUAUGUCUCUCAUACCAUAGAGGCGCCACCUCCAGCAUUCAUUGUCCCCUACAAUGAGAAUCCGGAUUUUGUUGGCCGCUCAGAAAUCCUCGAGCGGGUGAAAGAUCUUUUUGGUCACAGCGAUACUUACCAUCGCCCUGGCAGCAAGCCGCGCUCCAGAGUGGCUCUGCAUGGCCUCGGUGGAGUCGGAAAAACACAAAUCGCUUUGGCCUACUGUUAUUGGUUCAAAGAGAGAUAUCCAGAUGCUUCCGUCUUUUGGAUCCAUGCGAGUAAUGUCGAACGAUUCCAGAAGGCGUUCAGCGAUAUUGCUCGGGAAUGCGAAAUUCCUGGGCACGAGGACAAAGAGGUCGACAUCUUAUCACUCGUCAAGAGAUGGCUAGAGGACAAGCGGCGAGGUCAAUGGCUCCUCGUAAUUGACAAUGCCGACGAUACGGAGGUCUUCUUCCCCACAAACCUCACCGCUCAAGCCGGUCGUCGAACAACCAGCUUAGGACAUUCUAUACCCGAAUGUUCCCAUGGAUCGGUCCUGAUCACCACAAGGAACAAGCAGGCAGGGCUUAAGCUUACCCGUGGAAAGCCGCCCAUCGAGGUGCAAAGGAUGACCGAGGCAGAAACUACCCAGCUGCUGCGCACACUGCUUGAAGAUGAGAAUGUGGCGCCUGCAGAAGCGUCGCUUCUAUCAUCACGUCUUGAACAUCUACCCCUAGCUCUUGCGCAGGCAGCAUCUUUUAUUCUUGAGAACUCUACAUCUAUCAAGGCAUAUGUCGGGCUCCUGGACAAGAGCGACUCCAGUAUGGUCGACCGCCUUAGCGAGCCAUUUGAGGCUGUCGGACGAGACACCGAGACACCGCAUGCAUUGACAGCCACCUGGGCCAUCUCUUUUGAGCACAUUGAACGACAGAAACCUAUGGCAAGCAACGUGUUGUAUUUGAUGAGCUCCUUUGACCGUCAGGGUAUUCCAAAGCAAUUUGUCUGGGACUACUGCCAUGAAACGCUACGGCUGGCUGGAGAUUCCGAAAACGAUUUUCAAAUCGAUACUGAUUUGGAAGUCACCCAAGCUCUAGGGAUUCUCCAGGCGUUUUCCUACAUCUCCAAGGCUGGUGACGACUUGCUCUCAGAAUGGUGUACUACGCGUUUCCAAUGGGAAAACACGAGAACCAAGUGGUAUUUCUCCAACUACUCCCGCAUGCACUCGCUGUUUUGGAAUGCGCAGAAGCCGUUAGAAAGUAUCCACUUAAAGAGGACGCCUGGCUUUCACUUGAAGUUGCCGAAUGCUUUCGAGUUCGAGGGCAAUACCAAACAUCGAAGUUAUUUCAUCUCCGUUCUGUGGACUUGCACAUCAAACUUUAUGGACCAGAGGACAAAGACACGACAAAUGCUAUAUGCUGUUUGA